CUCUAACCGUGUGCGGUGUGCCGUGCUAGCCCGCUGCACAUACACUAAGUCCCAAGUCCAAAACAGGAAGAAGAUAUUCCUGACCACCCACUCUCUGCAUCUGUGUUUGAAUCGUCGAUGGGAAUGCCUUUCGCCCUGAGGCUAUCGUUUCCUGCCUUUGCAUUUGAAUCGUCGACGACCAGCGGCAGGUGGAGAGCUCGUCGUUUCCCGUUCCGUUUCCUCUCUUCCCCCCUACAGUCCAAUCCUCAGGAUCCCGCAGAAGAAGAAGAAAACUUCGGGAAAGAGAGCGUUCGUCGCCGGAAACAGUCGAUUUUAGUGGAGAGAUACAGCAAUGGAGCUAUCAAAAGAUACAUUUUGGAUGAUGAAGUAGGAGUAAGAAUCUCUCUCACAGAAGAUGUGGCCAAUAAUAAUUUUGGAGCCCUAGACUCGUCUGUGCCUGAGACAAAACGACCAUCGGUGCUUCCUCAGUUUGUCGCCGAUUUUGUUCUACCUGCUGGCUUUCCAGGAUCAGUUUCAGAAGAUUAUUUGGAGUACAUGUUGUUACAAUUCCCCACUAAUGUCACUGGAUGGAUCUGCCACGCAUUAGUCACGUCAAGUCUUCUUAAGGCAUGUGAAUCUAACUCAGGCACUACUUCGAAUGAAAUUCUGCAGGGCGUUGGUGUUGGCUACUCUACAGGAACUGCUGCUGCUGCGACAGCUGCUGCAAUUAGAUGGGUGUCUAAGGACGGCAUUGGAGCUUUGGGUCGCUUGUUCAUAGGUGGACGAUUUGGCAAUCUUUUUGAUGAUGAUCCUAAACAAUGGCGCAUGUAUGCGGAUUUCAUCGGGAGUGCUGGAAGCAUCUUUGACCUCACCACCCAAUUGUAUCCAGCCUACUUCCUUCCAUUAGCGUCUCUUGGAAAUCUGACCAAGGCUGUAGCAAGGGGGCUCAAAGAUCCUUCAUCCCGUGUGAUCCAAAACCAUUUUGCUGCAUCUGGAAAUCUAGGGGAGGUAGCUGCCAAGGAAGAAGUCUGGGAAGUAGGCGCUCAGUUGCUUGGACUUGCUGUUGGUAUACUGAUCCUGGAUACACCCGGACUGGUGAAAACGUUUCCAGCAUUGACAUUGACGUGGACGAGCAUGCGUCUUCUGCAUCUGUGGUUUCGGUAUCAAUCCCUGCUGGUUCUUCGAUUUGACACGAUAAAUCUUAAGCGAGCUCGUCUGCUGGUGAAAUCACACAUCGAACGCUCUCAUGUGCCAGGAUGCGCUGAUUGCAAUAAAGAAGAAAACAUCUUACUGUGGGAAACAUUCACAAAACCGAGAAUUACUUUCGGUGUCCCAUUGGAAGAGAUGAUUAGUGGCAAGAAAUCCAUUUCCGAGGUGAAAGCACUUAUGAGAGUGUAUGAAAAGGAGCAAUAUCUGCUCAUGGUGAACUGGCAAACGAAAGACUUGGAGGUCUUUGUCUCGUUCAAGGUGGGAGCUACAAGCAUGUCGGUACUACGAAGUGUGUGGCAGACAUACUGGCUACAUGUGAACUGGGAACAACAUUCUCUUGAUGUUUUUUACCAGCUUGCUAAAUCCCACAAGGAGAUGGAGACCAAUUUUGACAAUUUCCUUGAGCAAUUGGGUCAAGCCGGAUGGGACACAAACCAAUUCAAUCUGAAGGUCCCCGGCGGAAUACUGAUCGAUGAAUCAGGCUUCAUUCAAUCUUCUCAAGGCCAGGUUUGACUUCCCUCAUGGACCUGAUAAAAGCUUUGGUAGCACAAGGAAGAAGAUUCUAAUUAGUACGAGGUGGCAAGAAGCCAAGAACCCAGAGUUGAGUUAGCUUGUCCAACUCUUCAAUUCAACUGCCGUCCAAUUGUAAUAAUCUCUUGUCUCUUUCCAAAUUAUGAAAUUUCGUCUGUUCAUCUACAAUUCGGAAUGAUUGGUUUCCUUGUGCCAGGGGGUUAACAACCGUUUCUGUUUAUCUACUUAACAUUUGUGGCUGCGCAGAGAGAGCUUUGCUUUGGGAUGACUUGCAGGUUUUUCUGAACUUUGGCGGGUGGUCUUCGUUAAGCUCCUAAAACACACCAUCUCAGCGAGAACAGCCGAUUCAGCCUCAGGUAAUGCAAAUUUCAUUAGUUUAGUAGUAGUUGCCCUCCAAUUGCCAAAAUGGUGGUACAAUAAAAUAAUUGAUUUUUUCGUUUGGGUUUUGCUUCCAGAAUCGCUAUUUUUAUUUUGUCUCCAACGAAAGCCUCCAAAAUACGAGUGAAAAUCAUGGCCCUCCACUUAGAAUGAUUUAUCCAAUCCAAUAUGAUAUAUUAAAUUCCCGCCCUCACUUGUCUAAUGAGCUUCUUGAUUCAUUAUUGUGACAAGGAAUAACAAGGGUAAAUAAAAUAAUUAGAUCCCUGUCCUAUUAACGAGCUUGUUUUUUUUUCUUCUUCUUUAA